AACAAUGUAAUUAUUAAUCAGUUGAAUUGUUAGAUUUUUAAUUUUUUUAUAUAUUUUUAAUCAUGAAGAAGGAACAAAUCCAACUUACUUUCAUUCAAACAUGGAUUCGUGGCUAUCUUACUAGGACUCGUUCCAUCAAUCUGAUUCCAGCCAUCUUAAGAGAUAUUGCAGCUGUAACGAUACAGAUCUGGUGGAAGACGACCUCAGAAAGAUGUUGCCGAAAUCCUAUCAGACUUAAAUACACGCGCGAAGCUACAGGGGAUUAUAAUGAAAUAGAACAGGUGAUCAAUAUUCAAAAAUGGUGGAAAUCGGUAAAAGGGAAAAUAGUAAGAGAAAACGAGUUUUCUGAAGGAAAAUUACUGGAAUUGCGUGAUACGACUCGUUCGUCAAACGUUAGUGAUUUAAUGAUAAAGGAAUGUAAUGAAAGAGAGACGAAGAUUUGUAAGAAAAGUUUAGAGAAUGUUUUAAUGAAAAAAAUUGAAGAUUCGAUUAAUGUACCCAACCUAAAGAUAAAAUGUACUGUAAAUUAUUUAAAUAAUCCCGAUAUCGAUAAUACAUCCGAGAGACGUAAAAUAAUUAAAAAAACAAAAAUUACAAUUAAAAUCCCCGUAAGGAGUAAACACUUAGAAGUUAAAGAAAGUGCCAGGGCAUACGAAGAAGAGAAAUUAAUAAUUAUCCAAGCAAAAUUGAAGAUGAAAUUCCAAAAAUCUAUUUAUAGAUUAAAUUAUAGAAGAAUAGUGAACAUUCAAUCGUUAAUUAAAAGUCGUAUACAUCAAGUCGACGUAUACGAAGAGAUUUCGCGUAUAAUCACUAUUCAAGUAAAGUGUAGGAUGUUAUUUGCCAGGACAGAAUUUAAACUUCGUUGCAGAUCAAUAAUUAAUGCUCAAGCGAUAAUUCGUAGCCAUCUUGAUCGUCAGAUGUUACUAAUUUAUCAAUAUAUAGAAAAAUCCAUAAUAAUUCAAGCGACUUGGAAAAUGAAACUUCAACGAAAUAAUUACGCAUCUAAUUAUAAAACAAUUAUUUUUGUUCAAUCUUCAAUUCGGAAUUGCCUUCGUUGUUUAAGAAUUUCCUUUUUUAAAGAACUUGAAAAAUCAUCCAUAAUAAUCCAGUCGAAAUGGCGGAUGAAAAAUCAAAGAUCCGCUUACGUUCUUGAAUGUGAUCGAAUUAACGAGGCACAGAAGUUAAUUCGAAGCUUUACAUAUCGUAAAGUGUUAACGAAGAAUACAGCUGCUGUUAGCAUUCAGUGUUACUGGAAGAUGAAAUGCCAAAAAUCAGCUUUUCAAUUUAAUUAUAAAAGAAUUUUCCAUGUCCAAACAUUAAUUCGAGGUCAUCUUGAUGAUUUGAAAAGGAAAUCUAUUUUCAUUCAAUCGCAAGUGAGGAUGAUUUUUCAAGCUACCAAGUACGAGUGUGUAUACAAAAGUAUCAUGAAUGUUCAAUCUUCAAUUCGCAGUUUUAUUGUUCAGAACGAAUUUUCCCAAAUAAAAAUAAUGAAUUUAGCAGCAAUCAUUAUACAAGCGAAUUGGAAAAUGAUACGAGAGAAGAGUAUUUAUGAAACUCAUUACACAAGAAUUAAGGGCAUUCAGUCAUUAAUCCGAGGGAAUUUCAUUAGGAUGAAAAUUUUAUUUGAAGAUAAGAAAAACAAAUCAACAAUUAUUCAAGCAAAUUGGAGAAGAAAAUGUCAAAGGAUUGCAUAUCGAAUUAACUACAAGAAAGCAAGUAUAACUCAGACAAUGAUUCGUGGUUUCAAUUGCAGAAAAAGGACAUCGCAUGAACUUGACCAUUUGAAAAAAAUGUGUAUCGUUAUACAAUCAAUAUGGAGGAUGAAGGGCCAGAGAGCAUCAUAUAAUUAUUCUUAUAGAAAAAUAAUUGAUUCUCAGUCAUUAUGUAGGCGUUUUACUGAUCGUCAUGAAAUAAAAAAGAAAGACAAAGAGGAGGAGGAGGAGGAGGAGGAGAACAAAGAUGAUGAACUUAGUUAUUCCGUAAUUACCGUAGAAAUAGAAUUGGGAACAUAUGAAAGUGUGUCUGAAAAUUUAAUUAAAUCUCAAGCGUCAGUUAGGAAUUUAACUAAAUCCCAGCUACUACACAAAAGUCAAUAUUGUGUUGAUCAAAUACAUAAAACUAAAGAAACUGUAGCAGCAGCAACUGUAAUUCAAGCAACCAUAAGAAUGAAACUCUUAAAAACUUGCUAUGCUUUAAUGUAUAAAAAAAUAAUUAAUAGUCAGUCAUUAUUGAAAGGAUGCAUCGAACGAAUGAAAAUUAAACGAACGUCUGAAAUAAGAAUUAUUUAUUUAAUAAUUAUGAUUCAAUCUACAGUCCGUCAUCAUUUAGAACGCAUGAAGAAUUCUUCAAAUGGCGAUUUUGGAUCGAUUAUGAUCCAGAGUUGGUGGAGAAUGGCCGUCCAACGUGGAAGUUUUCUUGAUACGAAAUUAAAAGAAAAUUCGAAAAAUAGAAUGGAUGAUAAUUCAAGUACCGAAACUCCAUCUUUUCGUACUAACACGAAAUCGUAUAGUGAAGAAACAUUGAAUCAUUCCAUCAAAUUGGAUAUUAAAUACUCGAAGACUAAAUCAAAAUCAUAUUUACAAGAUUUACAGAUUCAAGUAGUACAAGGUGUUGUACGUGACUUCAUCAUUAGAAGAAAGGCAAUGAUAUUAAUACAAACGAAAAAUAAUCUUAAAAGUAAGCACCAGUCGAAUCAGAUUAGGACGUUGCAAGCUGCUUUUCGUGGUUUCAUUGUUCGAAGAUUAAUGUACGAAAUCAAAUUUAUCCACGAACAGCAAAAACUUCAUCAAGCAGAAAUUAAGCAACUAGAAGAACAAAUGACUGAAGAAUUUGAAGAGGAGCAAUCAAUUCAGCAACAAUCACCGUUUGAAUGUCAAGAAGUGAUGUCAUUUUUGACUUAUUUAAACAAAUCUGAAUAA